GGAACUAAAGGCAUUGGGCUGAGACCUUUUCAGCUGAGGAAGCUCAUUCAGCUUGAGGCCUCUUGGCUGAGCUAUUUCAGGCUGAGGAGUUGGUGAGGUAAGAGGUGGUGGCUGUGGCUUGCUCUUCACUGAUCUUUCAGCCUUUACCACAAUAUCUGUUUCCAGGUUUUUUAUAAUACCAUAUUUAGAUUCUUACCACAUAUCUUUCUUCCUUCUGUGUGAGAAUUGGUGAUUUUCUGUCUUGCCCACGGAUGAUUAUUUCCAAGUUUACCUGUAUUUAUGUAGUCACCACAUAGAAUUAUUAUUUCCUGUAUUUACAUGGAUAAUUAUUCUGGUACCCCCGUAUAAAUUUUGCCUCUAGUUACUGUCUGCAAAGCAUCUUUAGUGAAAUCAAUUAAUUAUGUUAUCUCGAGACUGUCUUCAAAUGUACUUAUGUCUCUAUCAAUUUUAAGAUAAUUUUCUUUCUUGAUUCAAAAAUAUGGGUUGACAAUGAUUUUCUCUUCAAGCUUGAAAUAUCAUUCCAUUCUCUUCUGUAUUUGGGAUCAUUGUCUGGACACCUGGUCAUAGUUUGUUGUUUGGGUUUUUUCCUGUGGUUUGACAUUGUUCUCUAACAGGUUUCUGUGGUGGUAGUUUGUGUAUGCUCUUACAAAUAAAGCUUGUCUGAGGAUCACAGGGCAAAGCCAAGCACUAGUUAUUCAUAGAGUCCAGGCAGUGGUGGCACACACCUUUAAUCCCAGUACUCUGGAGGCAGAGGUAGACAGAUCUCUGCAAAUUCAAGGACACCCUGGGAUACACAAUACUGAUCCAUUUUAAAGGCAGUGGUGGCACACUCCUUUAAUCCCAGCACUUGGCAUCUCUUGUCUUUGUUCUCAGUGCUGGGGAGGCACACACACCUUUAAACCCUGGACUAAGGAGUUUGGGAUAGGAUGUCAGUGGUAUGGCUGGGCACAGAAAGGAAUAGAAGGUGGAAGGAGACAGGAGCUCAGCACUCUUUCAGUUGGAGAAUCUUACAGAUUUAAGAACUAGCAGCUGUCUGUGUUGCUUCUCUGAUCUAUGAGCUUUCCCCCUGAUAUCAGACUUUGGGUUUUUAUUAAUAAGUCCAACAAGAAUUUGUGCUACAGCUUUCAGUAUUAUUUUUUUUCAUUUUCUUUUUGACCCCUUGUAUGAAAGGUCAGAAAGUCAUCUAUUCCUUGUUCCUGAAAGAGAAGCUCACAGAAAAGAAACAGAAAGAAAUGGCUGAUUCUCCAGUAUGUAUUUUCCAGAAUCCAUUGACAUUCCGGGAUGUGACUGUGGACUUCUCCCAAGAGGAGUGGGAAUGUCUGGACACUGGUCAGAGGGCUUUGUACAUUGAUGUGAUGUUGGAGAAUUACAGCAACCUGGUCUCUGUGGAGAACCAUUGCAUGUGUGGUAAAUUCAACAAGGUCUUGGAUCAAGACUCUAACUACAUUGUCCAUCAGCUUGCGAAUAUCCAAGAGAAGUCUUACAAAUACAAUCAGCUUGGCGAAAUGAUUCAUGAAUCCUCCCAGUGUACACCUUAUAACACAAGUGAUACUGUAGAAAACUGCAUCAACUGCACAUAUGGUAACCACGGGCACUCCUCUACUGACUCAUCCAACCUAAACAGACAUAAAAGUGUGCACACUGGAGAAGACCUUUUCAAAUAUAAAGAGUGUGGCAAAUGUUUACGCUUAUGUUCCAAUAUUAGUCUAAAUCAGAGUAUCCACACUCUGAAAAUAGAGCACAAGCAUACAGAGAGUGAUAAACUUUUGGGCUCCGCACACAGACUUGUGCAGCAAAGAAUUCAUUGUGGAGAGAAAGCACACAACUGGGGGAAAGGCUUCAGGAGCUGCUCAAACCUCAGUACACUUCAGAGACUUCAUACUGGAGAGAAACCAUGGAAAUGUAAAGAAUGCGGUAAGUCCUUUAAGUGGUUGUCUCACCUUAAAACCCAUUGCAGAAUCCACACUGGAGAGAAACCUUACAAAUGUAAUGAAUGUGAUAAGGGCUUUUCUCGGUUGUCUAGACUUAAAAGCCAUUACAGAAUCCACACUGGAGAGAAACCUUACAAAUGUGAGGAAUGUGGUAAGUGCUUUUCUCGCUUAUUGAGACUUAAAAGCCAUUACAGGAUCCAUACUGGAGAGAAACCUUACAAAUGUAAGGAAUGUGGCAAAGCCUUUACCCACUGCACGGGUCUUAGUACACAUCAGAAAAUUCAUACUGGGGAGAAACCCCACAAAUGCAAAGACUGUGGUAAAGCCUUUUAUCUGUUGUCAACACUUAAGGAACAUUACAGAGUCCACACUAGAGAGAAGCCUUUCAAGUGCAAAGAAUGUGGUAAGUUCUUUCAUUGGUUGUCAGGCCUUAAAAGCCACUACAGGAUUCACACUGGAGAGACGCCUUACAAAUGUGGGGAAUGUGACAAAUCAUUUUCUCAGUUGUCAAGACUUAAAAGCCAUUACAGAACCCAUACUGGCGAGAAAUCUUGCAAAUGUGUAGAAUGUGACAAAUGCUUUACCCGCUGCACAGCUCUUAAAAGACACCAGAAAAUUCAUGCUGAUGAAAAACCCUACAAAUGUGAGGAGUGCAGCAAGUGUUUUUAUGUGUUCUCACACCUUAAAAGCCAUUGUAGAACCCAUACAGGAGAGAAACCCUACAAAUGUGAGGAAUGUGGUAAGUGUUUUUCUCAGUUGUCAAAACUUAAAAACCAUUACAGGAUCCAUACUGGAGAGAAACCUUACAAAUGUAAGGAAUGUGGCAAAGCCUUUACCCACUGCACAGCUCUUAGCACACAUCAGAAAAUUCACACUGGGGAGAAACCUUACUCAUGCAAAGACUGUGGUAAAGCCUUUUAUCUGUUGUCAAGACUUAAGGAACAUUACAGAGUCCACACUGGGGAGAAACCAUACAAGUGCAACGAAUGUGGUAAGUUCUUUCAUUGGUUGUCGAACCUUAAAAGACAUUCUAGAAUCCACACUGGAGAGAAACCUUACAAAUGUGGAGAAUGUGACAAGUCCUUUACCCACUGUUCGAGUCUUAAGGCUCAUCAGAAAAUUCAUGCUGGGGUGAAACCCUACAAAUGUGAAGUAUGUGGAAAGUCCUUUUAUUGGCUGUCAAACCUUAAAACCCAUUCCAGAAUCCACACUGGAGAGAAACCGUACAAAUGUGGACAAUGUGACAAGUCCUUUACCCAGCGAUCUCUUCUUACAAAGCACAACAGGAUCCAUACUGGAGAAAAACCCGAACAUAAGAAACUUGUGAGAGCUUUUCAUGAAUAUCAAAUGGACCGACUCCUGAGGGCAAAUUCAGAGGAUCCUUGGGUCAAAGCUCUUCUUCGUGCAGAUGCCGCACAGACCAAGGCCCCUCUGCUUGGUGACCUUUUGUGCAGAGGGCAAGGGUGGAACUGGGAAUGUCGCCGACUUCAAGGGCGCUGCCCAGGGAACACCUGCACCGCUGGACCGGCUUGGGAAACCGAACGGAAAGAGGAAGUAGGUGGGCGGGGAUGGGCUCGGGGCCCCCAAAGCCUGGAGGCGCAGCAAACUCGCCAGUCCCUAAGGAAUUUCGGGAGACGCACAGUGCACAACCUGGGAGCGGAGGACACGGCUGGGAGUCGGGGGGACGGAAAUCUCCCCGGAGCCGCAGUGGCCGCGCCGGGCGGCCUGGGAAAGUCACCAGUCAGCAGCGCAGUGGCGGGAACCGCAGCCCGGCGGCCCUGGAACCUCCCAGGACUCACUGAUCACCCAGACCUGCUCACCUGUGCAGCAGAACAUAGAUCCCUGGAUGGUGAAGAGAGAGGAGACAGUAGCAAAGGAUCCAGGUUUAUCUUUUUGACACCUUGGUACAAAAGUGCAAGAAGGAGAAAAAUGGCUGGUUCUCCAGUAAAUACAUUCCAGGGUCUGUUGACAUUCCGGGAUGUGGCUGUGGACAUCUCCCAGGAGGAGUGGGAAUACCUGGAUUCUGCUCAGAGGGCUUUGUACAUUGAUGUGAUGUUGGAGAAUUACAGCAACCUGAUCUCUGUGGGUAUUAUUGCCUGCAAGGCAGACCUGGUCCCCUGUCUGGAGCAAAUCCAAGUUCCCUGGAAUGUGAAGAGAGAGGAGAUAGUGACCAGACCAGAGUACCAACAGAUGUGUGGCGAAUCUGAGAAGGUCUUUGAUCAAAACUCAAAGUGUAUUGUCUAUGAGCAGGUGGCUGUUCAACAGAUGUUGUGCGAAUCCCCCAAAUGGACACUGUACAAAACAAAUAAUACUACAGAAAACUGCUACAAAAACAGAUGGAUACAAAAUCACAGGGAUGACUAUAUUGAAUCAAUACACUUCAGUAGACAUGAAAGCAUGCACACUGGAGAAGAACUUUGCAAAUAUAAAGAUGUUGGCAAAUCUUUAAGAUUAUUUUCAAACAUAAGUCAGAGUCAUGGAAUCUUCAUAGGAAAGAAAGAGUAUAAAUAUAACAAAUGUGAUCAGUCUUUUGGAUUUACCCCCAAGCUUGUACAGGUAAGAAUUCAUAAUGGAGAAAAACCACACUACUUCAGGGAAUGUGGGAAAUCCUUCAGGACCUGCUCAAGCCUCAGUACACAUCAGAGAACUUGUACUGGAAAGAAACUAUGGAAAUGCACAGAAUGUGACAAGUCCUUUAAGUGGUUAUCCGACCUUAAAACCCAUUACAGAAUUCAUCCUGGCGAGAAACCUUUCAAAUGUAAGAAAUGUGACAAAUCUUUUACCUACUGCUCAUCUCUUAAAGAACAUCAGAACAUCCAUGAGGGAAAACUUUAUCAAUGUCAGGAAUGUGACAAAUCCUUUACCUACUGCUCAUCUCUUAGAGAACAUCAGAAUAUGCAUGCUGGAAAACUUUACAAAUGUUGGAAAUGUAACAAGUCCUUUACCCGGUGCUCAUCUCUUAGAGCACAUGAGAAAAUUCACACUGGUGAAAAACCUUUCCAAUGUAAGGAAUGUAGUAGGUCCUUUUAUAUGCUGUCCCAACUUAGAAAACAUGACAGAACCCAUACCGGAGAGAAACCUUACAAAUGUCAGGAAUGUGACAAAUCCUUUACCUACUGCUCAUCUCUUAAAGAACAUCAGAAUAUGCAUGCUGGAAAAUUUUAUAAAUGUCAGGAAUGUGACAAAUCCUUUACCCGGUGCUCAUCUCUUAGAACACACGAGAAAAUUCAUACUGGAGAAAAACCUUACAAAUGUAAAGAAUGUGGUAAGUCUUUUUAUAUAUUGUCCCAACUUAAAAAACAUGACAGAACCCAUACCGGAGAGAAACCUUACAAAUGUAAGGAAUGUGACAAAUCCUUUACCCAGUGUUCAACCCUUAGAAUACAUCAGAAAAUUCAUGCUGGAGAGAAACCCUACAAAUGUAAAGAAUGUGGUAAGUGCUUUUGUAAGUUGUCAUACCUUAAAGUCCAUUACAGAACCCAUACUGGAGAGAAACCUUACCAAUGUAAAAAAUGUGGUAAGGGCUUUUCUCAGUUGUCCUGUCUUAAAAGCCAUGACAGAAUCCAUACUGGAGAGAAACCUUACAAAUGUAGUCAAUGUGACAGAUCCUUUACGCACUGCUCAACUUGUAGGAGACAUCAGAGCACUCAUGCUGCAAAACUUUAUAAAUGUGAGGAAUGUGACAAAUCCUUCGCUAAACAUUCUUCUCUUAAAACACAUCAGAAAACCCACGCAGGAGAGAAACCUCAUAGUUGUAAAGAAUGUGGUAAGGCCUUCUAUCAACUAUCACACCUUAAAGUCCAUUACAGAAUCCACACUGGAGAGAAACCUUACAAAUGUUAUGAAUGUGACAAAUCAUUUACCAAAUCUUCAUCUCUUAGAACACAUCAGAAAAUCCAUGCAGGAGAGAAACCUCAUGGUUGUAAAGAAUGUGGUAAAGCCUUCUAUCACUUAUCACACCUUAACAUCCAUUACAGAAUUCAUACAGGAGAGAAACCUUACAAAUGUAGUGAAUGUGGCAAAUCCUUUACCACGUUGGCAAACCUUAAAAGACAUCAGAAAAUUCAUACUGGAGAAAAAACUUUCCAUAGUAAAUAAUGUGGUAUAUGCUUUUUCAGAGCUCUGUUCAUAGGGACCAAAGCAGUCUCCACACUAGAGAAUCAUUAUGAACUUGAGAAACUUGUGAAAGCCUUGAAGGAAUUGUUGAAUCUUACAAAACAUCAAGAGUUUAUAGUGAGGAAAAAUUCUGAAUAUGUGGCCAUGUGGGAAGCCUUUAAUUAAAAC